ACCCAGCCGAGCUCAGAUCCCGGAACCCCUUACUUUGGAGUCAGAUACCUGGAUCCUGCUGUGGAAGGCAGCUCCGGGUUCUUCCCUUGUCUACCUGGUGUCUCUCCUGCUCUCCCGGGGGCCCUCAUCCUGGGCCAUGGCCCGGAAAACGGGCUUGGGGCCUGGGAAGCUGAAAGCCGUGGCCAUCCUGCUGUCUUUUGGACUACUCCAGGCUGGAAUGGGAGCUGAUGAGGCUGAAGUCCCCUGCGGUACCACUGUCCAAGCACGCAUCACCGGUGGGAGCAAUGCCAACCCUGGUCAGUGGCCCUGGCAAGUCAGCAUCCUCUACAAUGGCGUUCAUGUGUGUGGUGGUUCUCUUGUUUCUGACCAGUGGGUACUGUCAGCUGCUCACUGCUUCCCCAGUGAACAUGCUAUGGCAGACUACGAGAUCAAGCUGGGGGCUGACCAGCUGGACACCUACUCUAAUGUCACCAAGACCAGUGGUGCAGCUGAAGUCAUCGUCCACCCAGACUAUCACGAGGAGGGCUCCCAGGGCGACAUAGCGCUGCUCAAACUCUCGGAAAAGGUCAACUUCAGCCGCUAUAUCCGGCCCAUCUGCCUUCCUGCAGCCAACGCCUCCUUCCCCAAUGGCCUCAAAUGCACUGUUACUGGAUGGGGCUAUGUGGCCCCCUCAGUGAGCCUUCCGAGCCCCAAGCCCCUGCAGCAGCUGGAGGUACCGCUCAUUAGCCGUGAAACAUGCAACUGCCUGUACAACAUUGACGCUAACCCUGAGGAGCCCCACUUCAUCCAGGAUGACAUGCUGUGUGCAGGAUAUGUGACAGGGGGCAAGGACGCCUGCCAGGGUGACUCCGGGGGCCCACUCUCCUGCCGUAUGGAUGACCGCUGGUAUCUGGCAGGCAUUGUGAGCUGGGGUGAUGCCUGUGGGGCCCCCAACAGGCCUGGGGUGUACACUCUGACCUCCCGCUAUGCCUCCUGGAUCCACCAACAAGUGCCUGAACUGCAGCCUCGUGUGAUGCUUGAGACCCAGGAGUCCCAGCCUGACAGUUACCUCUGUAGCUCAGCGCCAGCUCUCCGCGGGCUGCGGCCCAGCCUCCUGCUGCCACUGGGCCUGACCAUGAGCCUCUUCUGCCUGUGGCACAAGCAGUGAGUGAAUCGCCCUGGAAGCUGCUCCCGCUCUGACACAUCACACCUGAGGAUGGACGCUGCAUGCCUUGUUCCCAGGAAGGGCCUGGCUUGGGCCACACCACCCGAUCUGCUCAGGCCCAGGUGGGAGGCCAGGCCCUAACCUGAUAUUCGGAGCCCAUUCUUCUGGCUUGGUCUAUGGGCUUAUAACCCACAAGCCUGCAUCUCUGCUGGCAGUCCUGGCUGCCUCCAUCUGCCAUCUGCAAGCCCAUAGACUGGGCUCCUCCCAAACUCCCAAGGACAAUCGUGAGAUGAGCCCUGGCUUCCAUUUGUUUCUCUGAAACUGGGCAGCUACCCAGCUGAUUGCUGCUGAGGCUUGGGCCAGAUUCUCCGGCCCCACCAGCACACCUGCCCACCGAGCCGUCACUUGGCCUCCUGUCUUCUGGGCUUGGUUGCCUUCAGAACAGGAGAGGCCCCAAUCUUGCCCUAUGGGUCACCAAGCCCCCUUGAGCCCCGACUCGUGGACUCCGGAGGACUGAGCCCCCACCGGAGUUAGGCUGGGGAUUGGGGUGGGGACCAGAAGGAAGGAUUAAACAUGCAUACAGCA